GAAUGGGCCCGUCUCUCGCAGCUUUUAACACAGACGCGGAGCGGCUCUUCUACUUGAACGUGAGCUAAAGGAAAAGCACCAUGACUGCGAACACAUACGACGUGAUUGUGAUUGGUGGAGGCAUUUCAGGCUCUCUCAUCUCCAUCCGUGAUGAGGCCCAGGAUGGUGGUGUCAUCAGUAAACUUGAAAAUGAUAUUGGAGCUGUGCUUGGCGACACACUCGUGAGUGAACAGGGAGUACAGGAGGGGGCUGAGAACGCAUCCCUGUGGAGCUCCUGUGUUCAGAGACCGUGUGGAGGAGAUGCGGUCACAGAUUUUCACCACCUGGGGUCUGCUCUUCAGAAAGUUCAAAAUCCAGUUGCACAGAUGAGUGUUCAAUCCUAAAUCCUUAAUCUUUGCAAUGAGUUUGUCUGGAAUGAUGGUGUUAAAGGCAGAGCUGUAGUUGAUGAACAGCAUUCUCAUGUAGGUGUUUUUCUUAUCCAGGUGUGUGGGAGCACUGUGCAUCGCCAGAGCAAUGGCAUCUUCUGUCGAUCUGUUUUUGCGGUAUGCAAAUUGGUAGGGCUGCCCCCUGAUAUUCGACCAAAGGUUUGUGUGCCACCAAGCUGUUGGUGGAGAGCGGCUUGAACCCUGUGCUCCUUGAAGCCAGAGACCGUGUUGGAGGAAGAACCUUCACUGUUCGGAAUAAGGAGACCAAAUGGGUGGAUCUGGGAGGAGCGUAUGUUGGGCCCACUCAAAACCGAAUCCUGAGGUUGGCCAAGCAGUAUGGGGUAAAGACAUACAAAGUCAACGAAGAGGAGUCUCUGGUUCAUUAUGUGAAGGGGAAAUCAUAUCCAUUCAAAGGGCCUUUCCCUCCAGUGUGGAACCCUUUCGCUUACCUGGACUACAACAACCUCUGGAGGACAAUGGACAAAAUGGGAAUGGAGAUCCCAGUGGAUGCUCCAUGGAGGGCCCCUCAUGCAGAAGAGUGGGACAAGAUGACCAUGCAGCAGCUUUUUGACAAGAUUUGCUGGACCAGGGCUGCUCGCCGUUUUGCCACACUCUUUGUCAAUGUGAAUGUGACCUCUGAGCCCCAUGAGGUGUCUGCUUUGUGGUUCCUCUGGUACGUCAAGCAGUGUGGUGGCACUAUGCGAAUCUUUUCCACCACCAAUGGAGGCCAGGAGCGUAAGUUUGCCGGAGGCUCCAGUCAAAUCAGUGAGGGAAUGGCGAGGGAGCUUGGUGACUGUGUGAAGUUGGAGAGAGCCGUCUACAGCAUUGACCAGACUGGAGACCUGGUGGUGGUCAAGACACUCAGUGAGGAGAUAUACAAGGCCAAAUAUGUCAUACUUGCCAUACCACCAGGACUGAAUUUAAAGAUCCACUUCAGCCCUGAAAUGCCUCCUCUUAGGAAUCAGCUCAUUCACAGAGUGCCCAUGGGUUCAGUCAUCAAAUGCAUGGUGUACUACAGAGAGAACUUCUGGAGGAAGAUGGGAUAUUGUGGCAGCAUGGUAAUCGAGGAAGAGGAAGCGCCUAUUGGUCUCACACUUGAUGACACUAAGCCUGAUGGGACUGUGCCUGCUAUAAUGGGUUUCAUUCUGGCGCGAAAAUCCAGGAGACUAGCGGGUCUGACGAAAGAGGAGAGAAAGAAAAGGAUCUGUGAGAUUUAUUCUUGUGUGCUUGGCUCAGAGGAAGCACUACAUCCUGUGCACUAUGAGGAGAAAAACUGGUGUGAGGAGGAGUACUCUGGUGGCUGCUACACAGCUUACUUCCCCCCUGGCAUCAUGACACAAUUUGGCAGGGUCUUGCGAGAGCCAGUUGGCAGGCUGUACUUUGCAGGCACUGAGACAGCCACUGAAUGGAGCGGUUACAUGGAGGGUGCCGUACAGGCAGGAGAGAGAGCAGCUAGAGAGAUUUUGUGUGCAAUGGGAAAACUCCAUGCAAGUCAGAUCUGGCAGUCAGAGCCUGAAUCAUUGGAUGUCCCAUCCCGGCCGUUUGUCACCACAUUCUGGGAAAGAAACUUACCAUCCGUUGGGGGAUUCCUCAAGUUUAUGGGUGUGUCCUCCUUCCUGACUCUUGCCACUGCAGUGGGAGUGUUAGCCUACAAGAAGGGGUUUCUACCUCAGAGCUAAAGCCCCUCCCACUUGCAGCCUAUUCUCUAUGGUCGGGCCUUGUAAUUACUGCAUUCGACCUAAUCGAAUUUGAAUCUAAUCAGGGCCAUAACACUGCCUGGGUAUGUGGCGCAGUUAUUUUGAUGAGAUUUGACACCACAAGUGUAUUGUUGUCACACAUUUGCUCAGUCAUUGUGAAAAAUGAACCAAGUGAUUAAUAUGGCAUAAUGAGUACUAAUUGUUCACAUGGGAAUCGCCCUGUCAAAAUACUCAGACUGCCCACAUUAAAAGAACUGAAAGAGUGACACUAACAUUCCACAACUGUUCAUUUUGUGUGUAUGUGUGUGUGUGUGUUUUUCAUCAGUCUUAUUGAUUACCUCUGCUAAUUUCAGGUGCUGUUCUCAGGAACUCGUUCUCUUAAUUAACCUUCCAAAAUAUCGAAAAUAGCAUUACAGAAAUUAGAAGCAUUAGAUUAGCAUUGAGAAAUGCAUUUUAUUGUAUUAUGUGACAAAGACUUUGAGAACAUCUUCUUUACAACAUAACACAGAAGCUGUGUUGGCUUCAGCACAAUUCACUAUCUUUCAUGAGAAAAGCAGAGGCUGUUCAUAUCUUGUUUUCUAACAUGCCAUGACUGUGUGCAGUGAGAGUUAGUACAGACAGGUGUCUGGCAGAAUGAUGAAGUGAAGUCCACAGUCAUAUAGAAGUCAAGUCAUAGAGAGUCUUGUCUAAUUUGAAUGAUAUUCCAGUGUUUAAUGUGAUUUCUAAAAGCUGAUGUGCAUAAUUGUUUCUGAUCGACGCAUAUGAAAGCAUUUGAAUGUACUUUUACAGAUUAGAGUUGUAUUUGAUUUUUGUAACAAAGACCAGUGUAUACUUGAAAUAUGAAUUUGUUCUUUUUGACACACAAGCUUCUAAGCAUGAUGUAAAGUGAAUUAUUGUCUAAUAUCCAUUGUUUAACAACCUUGGUCAUUUUAUUUCUUGGUUCUACUCCAAGUAUAAAAAUAAAUAAAUAAAAACAAUUUGAUGAUAUAUUUGUUUGCCCAAAAUAUACAUUUAUGAUUAUAGAUGGUUUAACAUAUCUGUGACCAAGAAUAGCCACAAUGGUAGGCCAAUUUCAUUGUGUCUAAAAUGUGAUUAAAUGAAAAUUGGGAGAUGCAACCUUAAAAGACACCAGACAGACAGAUUUGAAAACAGUGUAUUAUGUGUGUAAACCAAAAGUGUGUAGAUUUUGAUGUUCCAAAGAGUCGUUGUAACUGUUGUUUGUGGUGCCUUAAUCUGAUAAUAGUUUUCCUCAUUUCUCAAGUGCCUCUGUGCUAGUGAGCUCCUCCAGUCUUGCACAGUGUCCCAGGGUAAGUCACUGGCUGUUUUAGAGUUUUACCAGGAUUUCUGGUCUGAGAUCUGGAAAGAUGAUUGGAAGAUUGUGUACUUUAAGUCUGCAUUGGUCCAAUAUUCAACAACUUGCUGUGGUCUGCACUGGCCAUCAGCAUACAUUGAGAACCUCUUCUGACAUUAUCCUUUCCUGAAGUAGCCACUGAUGGACCAGAGGUGACAGAAUCAGAGGCAAUGCCACUUCUGACUGUUAGCCAUACAAUGUAUUAUUAGUGACCUACAUCUUAGUAAAACUUUGUUGUUUCAAUCACCUCGUUGGAGUCUGGUCAACUGUUAACUUGGUUAUGCUGUAGUAACUCUCUAUCAUUGUUGUCCUGAUGUGCUGUAGUUGCUGUAACUCCUCUACCUGGUGUGCUAGUGAAUUGUCUCUCUGUGUUGCUAAUGCUUUUUCUAACCCCAUAACAUAACCCUGCAUACCUGUCCCAGAGUACAGAUCUGUCAUCUUCUGCCCUUGUUUGCCUAGCCCCCAGGCCCCUUUGUCUAAUUUUGUGUUUGUACAAUGUCCUAUGGUCUAGUCCUGUAAUUGCAUUGUUUGAUCUCUUUGUACAAAUUCACAGACUAAGCUGAUAAUAAAAAUGUGUGACUUAACACCA